GUUCAGGACUCUGAUGAUGACAAACACCAUCGUCCUCCUCCUUUUCCUUGUUGGUCUGGACUCUGUUCUGGGAUCAGUGGUGAACAGAUAUUACCACAUAAUAGAAAGUCACAUGACCUGGGUGGACGCUCAAACAUACUGCAGGAGUUCCGGCUUCAUUGACCUGGCCACUGUCUACAGCCAAACUGAUGCCUUCGAUAUGGACCUGAUGCAUUUUUAUGCCUGGUUGGGCCCGUAUCGGACUGACCCAAAUUCCACCUGGCUCUUUUAUCCUGAAGAUUCAGCUUCUAAUUUCCAAACCUGGGCACCUGGAGAACCACAGGAACACGAUCUGUGUACUGUGGCACAUUACCCCGACAGGCUCGCUUAUGGAACCAGCUGUGACAGUCCUCACUUUGCCUACUGUGAGUACACCACAUACAGUGAAAGACAUGAAAAGCACUACACCGCACUCGCAUUUGUCCCACAGACCAUGACGUGGUCUGAAGCUACAGAGCACUGCACACCUCAUCGUGAGGACUUGUGGACUGACCAUGUGGGAUCCACCUCUGUCCGGGUGGCAAACUUUCCGGUGUGGAUUGGACUGUACCGAGAAGGGGAAACAUGGAGCUGGAGCACCGCGGAAACAGAGUAUAGACACUGGGAUGAUGAGGAGCCCAGUGCCGGCAACUGCGUCACCAUCGCCUCACUGACGAAAAAAAUGAGCACCAAAAACUGCUCAUCCCUGUAUCCUUUCACCUGCUUCAGUGACAACCUGAUCCUGGUGAAGGAGAACAAGACCUGGGAGGAGGCGCUGGAGCACUGUCGCUCAUUCUGGAUGUACCCAUACAACCACUACUACAUCCACUCCGGGUUGGUCAGUGUCCAGCCUGGAGAAGACCACGCCUACAUGAGGCUCAGGGUCAGAGAGGCAACAACAGAGAAGGUGUGGGUUGGUCUGCGUUUCCUGGUGGAUCAGUGGCGGUGGGUGAACGGAGUGGACAUGUUGUUCUCAGACCUUCCUGAAUGUCCCGUUGAGCAGCAGAGAUGUGGAGCUUUGUCCGCAAACUCCAACAGCAGCACUCUGGAGCCCAUGGACUGUCUGGAAACAAACAACUUCCUGUGUUACAUUUAGAUCUGCAGCUGUUUCAAAGAGUCUGUGCACUGUUUGCAUUUCUGAGGCGUAGAACUUCACUGUAGAAAAGUCAUGACUUUAACAGGAGACACUGUCACAGUUCAAAUACGGAGCCUUUAGACGACAGCAAAACAAACCCUGAACUCACUGAAGUAGAAAAGGACCUGGAGACAGAGCUCAUCCUGUUGAGACUGAGCCCAAACCCACCAUGAAAACACAUCGACCUGACGCUGGGAACAGAACUGGCACAGGUUUAAGGGGGUUUUGGACAGAACACAUGGGAGUUUGGGCUGGUUUUGGGUGGAGAAUAAGGACAAUUAUUAUUUUUGCAUCAUAAAUAUUGAGAUAAAUUGUCCCCAUAUUUUCAGAAAUGUGAAAUUUCAACAUUAUAUUUUUCUUUUUCUCCUUUCUUUUAAUCACCGUGGAUGAACUGUGUAAAGUAGUGAGAUGAAUGGUUGAUAAAUAUGCAGCUUUAAUAUUUCAGUUACUGUAAGGUGGCAGUUUAAAUUCUAGAUUGUGUGAUUAUUUCUGUGUCUAUGAACAGUCAAAAUGUCAACAAUAUCACUGUCCAUACAUGAAUAAAGUGUCCU